AUGCCAGCGGAAACAGAAUUUCGCGCGGGCUGCUCGAAUUGCUACAGGGGUCAACGUUCAACAAGUAUCACUGAUACAGGAACUGGUGGCAACGAGCCCUCGCCGGCCUCGUCGGGCCCGCCGUUGACCAGCUUGCUGUCCCUCUCCUCCUCCGCGUUCGAGCGCUCGUCUCUGCACUACGCUUGUGGUGCGGGCGGUGGAGGGCAUGGUAGCAUGGGCAUUGAUUAUUCUGUGGGGAUGGAGUACGUUGGGGGAGAUAUGGGUGAAAUGGGUAUGGGUAUGGGUGGGAUUGGGGCCGAUGAUGUGACCACGCUGUCCCACCCCUCUUCCGAUGAGGCAUCAUCCAAGUCUGAGAGCUCCGUGCAGGAGUAUGGGCAGCGCCCAGUGGAGGCACAUGCGGAGUAUGACCUGGGAGGGAUGAACGGAGGGAUGAGGACAGGACGGGGAUGGAGACUGAUAUGCUAA